CGGUUCAGGGAAUGAGUGUUUAAUUUCAGAAAGUUUAGGAAAACCUCCUUGAUGGGACGUCUUUGUUGUAUUUGUCUCCCAUAGCUUUUGUGCUUUUCAGCCUGGGCCUUCAGAGAACUUCACUAGAUUGCCAUCUACACUAGUGUAAGGUCUUUAGCCAAGCAGAGACCUUAUAGCCAAGCUUUGAUUAAAGAUGACUUCAUUGUUCACUCAAGAAAUUCACCUUUCUAAAAGACAUGAAGAAAUAGUAUCACAAAGAUUAAUGUUACUUCAGAAAAUGAAGAAUAAUUUUGGAGAUCAAAACACAGAAAGGGCAUGUCUCCUUCAAGCCACUGAGACUGCUUCCAAAAGGAACCUCAGACUCUUGCAGGACAUAGAAGCUGCAGAGAAGUCCUUACAGACCAGGCUUAAGCCACAUCCACAGCCUGCGGUACGUUCUCUUGAGACUCGUUACUGGGCAUCAGUAGAAGAACAUGUCCCCAAAUGGGAACAGUUCCUUUUAGGAAAAGCACCAUAUCCAGUUGGUGGUGAAAAUCAAAAUGAGGCAGGAUGCACCAUUCAAAACGAGGCAAAGUGAUAACUUCUUCACAUAUUACUCAGAACACAAAAUCAAAAA